GGCGCUUCCGGUCGGCGGAGCCUGGGCGGCCCGGGCGGCUGCAGCGGCGGCGGAGUGGCGGGAUGGCGGGCGCCGCGAGCGAGUCGCGCUUCGCGGGGCUGUCGCUGAUGCAGCUGCACGAGCUGCUGGAGGACGACGCGCAGCUGGGCGACAUGGUCCGGGGGAUGGAGGAGACGCAGACUGUUCAGCUUAACAAAGACAUGACACUGGCUAGCAACCGGAGCCUGGCAGAGGCCAACCUUUCGUACCAGCCCCAACUGGAUGCUCAGAAAGCUCGCCUGACCCAAAAAUACCAGGAACUCCAGGUUCUCUUUGAGGCCUAUCAGAUAAAGAAGACCAAGCUAGAUAAACAGUCGAACAGUGCUUCCUUGGAGACUCUGUUAGCACUUCUUCAAGCAGAAGGAGCCAAGAUUGAGGAAGACACUGAGAACAUGGCGGAGAAGUUUCUGGAUGGAGAGCUUCCUCUAGAUGCCUUCAUCGACGUCUACCAGAGCAAGCGGAAGCUGGCGCACAUGCGACGCGUCAAAGUGGAGAAGCUCCAGGAGCUGGUGCUGAAGGGACAGAGACUCCCACAGGCCGGGGCCCCAGUAGCACCCAGGGUGCCCGAGCCAUCAGCUGCCACCCCCCUGCCCUAUCCCCCUCUGGAGGCCACCGGCCUGCCUUCUGUCGUGCCUCGCCGCAUCCCCCCACCUCCACCCCCGGUGCCUGCAGGACACAUAGCCACCCCAUUCACUGCUGCCAUGGGCUCAGGACAGGCGUCUGCAUACCCAGGAUUACAGUGUCCACCUCUGCCCCCCAGGGUGGGCCUUCCCUCUCAGCAAGGAUUCUCUGCACAAUUGGUGUCGCCAUACCCGCCAGCCCUGCCCCAGAGACCCCCUCCACGGCUGGCUCCACACCAGCCAGGCUUCAUCCUCCAGUGAGCUCCGGGGUCUCUUCUUCCUGCAAGACACCCUUUGCCUGCCAUGCCAAGCUCUGCAAAUGUAGGCUGUGGAGUCCAGCAUCUGGGCCAGUGGCGUGGGUGCCCUGGGCCAGGGUGUCCAUCUGAUUUUAGAACUGUAGGGCCAUGGUAAGUAAUAGAGAACGAGUCUUGUGGACCAAGGGAGUUCUGUUUGUGCCUGGCCACAGGCCGUUGAUCACAUCAGUCUGUGUUCUGGGUGUGAUUUCUAAGUAUCUAGUGUUGAUGGACUUGAGCGUUUGGGAGGAUAAACCUCCCCUCCAGUUGAGAAUCAAUGCCUCCUGUUGCAGCUUUAUUUAAUAAGCAUGGUUAAUUAGAUCUGUUUUAUUUUCAAGUCUUGGUCCACAGCUGCUGUGGUAAAGGCUGGUUUGCACUGGCCAGCCUGGGACAUGCGCCCACAGCCAGGCCUUGCCGGCAGCCAUCCGUCAUCGAUUCUCCCUCCCGCCAGACUGGAUGGCCUCUGGUUCAGAACCGUGAGCAGACUUUGCACUUGGCUGCUGUGUGCAGAGGCCGGGAGAUUUGCACAGCACAGUCCUCAGCCCUCCCCUCCCACCUCAUGACGGUUUCUGUGAAAAAAAUACUCAGUGUUUUUACUACACUUGUAAUUUUCCUGUUUUAUAUUCGGAAAGAAAACUUUUCUGACUCUCUCAAGACCAUUCAGGGAAACUUUUUUUAAAAAACGCAGAUACUGUUUCGAGCUGGUUCAAAAUGCAGAUUUAUUGAGUGCCGCUUCCCGUUGGGAGAGCAGGUCACGGUCACAUCCGUCAGUGCCCGUGCUGUGCCUUAGCUUCCCCUGGUGCCAGGGCUCAGAGGCCUGCAGUGUGCCAGCCAUGGCUGCCCUGUUGGGCCCACAGUCAGGCGGGGCCCUGGCGGGUCUCCCUGCUGUGAUAGGUCCGAGAAAACCCAUCCAUCUUCAACCAGGUACUCCUGGGCAGUGUUUGAUGAUGCCGCCGCCCGUGCUGCGGUGUUGGCCAAGGGCAUGGGAGGGCUUUGGGGAAAGCCUCCCCCCCCACCCACGGGAUUGUCAGCAGCGGCUCCUUCCUCUCUGGGAUCUCAUCUGCCACUGCCAUGUGCAGAGUUCCCAGGGCCCAGGAGGGGUAGGGGCAGCACCCAUCCCUGCUCCCAGAAGAGGGCCCUGUGCCUGUUGGUAGGGCCAUUUCCUUCCCCCUGCCAGCUGGCUGCUACCCAAGGUGACCGAGCCAAGGCAGAGCUGAUUAGAGAGCCUGUCCCUGGCAGGGCCACCAGCCUUUGUCCCCAAGUCGUGUACUCUGACCGUGGACUUGGACUCCUCCCCACUGGAACUAGUCAGUAAAGAGACAAAGCUGUGUGCCACCUUGACUCCUCUGCCACCAAUGCUAUCAGGAGUGCCCAGUACCCGGUCACGGGCUGCAGCCACCCGGGGGCUCCAGGUGGAUGUGGUGAAGGGGCUGCCAGGCUGACCGCCAUCACUGCCCAGAGCCAUCGCUGGCACCAGGGUUGUAAAGCUGUAGAACUCUUAAUAAAUUGAGAAUUAUUCUUUUCA